AUGCGAAAGGGUAAGAAAGGUGGUUUACCCCUCUCCCUCCUCAACACCAUGUACUUACGACCGGUCGAGCCGCGCGAAAUAAAUGCUAUCAUACACACCUAUACACUACAAUUUGUGUACGAGAGAACUAAUUCAGUUGUUUAUGAGUUUGAUCUCGGCUGCCAAGAGUGGAUACGUGCGCUGGCCGGUACAUUAAGCAGUAUUGGCACCCUACUUGUCCUCCCAAUCACAGGAUACAUAUCCGACAAGUAUGGGAGACGUGUCGCGCUCUGCAUCAAUGUCUUCAACUUAGCGCUCUUUGGACUCAUCAGAGCGUUUUCUGUUAACUAUCCCAUGUAUCUGGUGCUACAAAUUUUGCAGACAACUCUUGGGGCUGGCACGUACAGUGCUGCUUUUAUUUUGGGAGCGGAACUAGUCGGCCCUAAAUACCGAGUGCUGACAGGCUCAACAUGCUUAUCGACUUUCGCUGUAGGCCACAUCACCAUGGCCGGAUUAGCCUGGCUCGUGCAACCAUGGCGCUAUUUCAUCAUGACACUGUACAUUCCCUGCUUCUUCAUGAUUGUUUAUUAUUGGUGCGUCUCGGAAAGUGUCAGAUGGCUACUCUAAAGACAAUUCGAUGAAGCUAAAGUUGUGUUGGAGAAAAUGGCGAGAGUGAACAAAACGAAAAUCAGCGAGAAGUCUAUGCAAGCGCUGUUGACGCCUGCGCCGGUUAAGGAAAAUCAGACGGACCAGUCUCAAAGUUUGGUUUCAACCAUUUUAAAAUCGCCAAUACUGCUCCGCCGGGUCUGUACGACACCUGUCUGGUGGAUCGCGACCACUUUCGUCUACUACGGGUUGUCCAUCAACUCCACUGGCCUCCCGGGCAAUAUGUACGUCAACUAUAUGCUGGUGUCGGCGGUGGAGAUUCCCGCCAUUUAUACAGCUGUGUUGUUGUUGGAUCGUGUUGGCAGGAAGGCUGUCUUGACGACUGGGUUCUUGCUUAGCGCUGCUUGCAAUCUUGCAUUCGCUUUUAUUGACAAUAAUGAACUAGUGACACUGGCUCUUGUACUGUUUCUCUUCGGCAAAUUUGGAAUCUCGGCAGUAUUCACGUCUCUGUACAUUUACACAUCAGAGCUGUACCCGACUCAGUUCCGACACACACUGCUGGGAUUCUCUUCAAUGGUUGGACGUAUUGGCUCCAUCACUGCUCCACUUACUCCUGCUUUGGCGGUAUACUGGGACGGAAUACCAUCAGCAAUGUUCGGUGCCAUCGGUCUAAUAGCCGGUUUGCUGGUGCUCACACAGCCCGAGACCCUGGGCUGCAAGAUGCCGGACACCCUGGCUGAGGCUGAGGAAAUUGGCAGAAAGAAGAAGAUAGUCACAAGCUCUCUAUAGAUUAAAACAUAUCUUAAGGUCUUAAUCUCCAUAUUUUUUUUGUCGCACUGUAAAUAAAGAAUGAAGAUGGUGUCUUGUUUUUUUUAAA